CCUUUACUUCUAUAUGGUAGGAUAUAAGACGCACGCCGCCUGUCACUCGUUUCCGAGCCUCGCUUGGACCCUUGGACAUUCUUCCCCUCGAAACUACAGUUCAGGGUGAUGAACAAUGCUCGCUCUACUACGAUUGUCACGGCUGCUAGCCAGCGAUGGUGCUGGCCACACGCACCUCGCUAGUCGCUCAACAACCCAGGUAGUUGAGGGUAGCGAUCGAGCAGGGUUCAUUGCCAUGGGUGUGAUUGCACUCUUUUCGUUCAUUGCGGCCUUUGGCCUUUUGUCAUUCCUUACCUACCGUUUCAUUUUCUGGCGCAAAUACUACAAACGACCUUUGGCGGAGAAUCAGUAUAUCGUUCUCAUUUACAACCUCCUUUUGGUCGAUCUGCAACAAGCAACGGCUUUCUUGAUAUGUCUCCACUGGGUAGCAAAGGGUCAUGUUUACUACCCCAGUGCACCCUGCGUUCUUCAAGGAUGGUGGAUUCAAACGGGCGAUCCCGGCAGUGGGUUGUUCGUUCUGGCGAUUGCCCUUCACACCUGUGCCGUUGUGCUACGAGGCCGACAAUUACCGUUCCCGAUCUUUGUGGGUGGUGUUGUUGGGCUGUGGCUAUUUAUCAUUAUUCUAGGAUUGAUUCCUGUUGGAAUGUUUGGCUCCGAGACGUUUGUGAUUUCCGAAGCUGGCUGGUGCUGGAUCGGUCCCGACCACGAAACAGAACGUCUUUGGGUGCAUUAUCUAUGGAUUUUCCUGGCAGAAUUCGGCACGGUCGUUCUUUACGGUCUCAUGUUCUUCUACCUGCGACGCCGAAUGAAACAAUCCGCCACGCUCCGGCAGAACCACCAGGAGAACCUGAAGAGAUUGAACCGGGUUGUCAUUUACAUGGUUAUCUACCCGCUUGUCUAUCUAUUGCUAUCCCUGCCGUUAGCCGCCGGACGCAUGUCAACGGCACGUCAUAUCGUCCCCAGUCGCGCAUACUUUGCCGUUGCUGGUUCGCUGAUGGCGUUGUCGGGUUUCGUCGAUGUGCUUGUGUACACGCUCACUCGCCGCCACCUGUUGCUCGAAACCGAACUCAGUACUACGGAUCGGAUGUACAACUACACGGAAUCAAACGCAUACCAGACACACAUCACCACGGGUCGGGAUGGCAAGAAAGUGCGGAUGGGAUCCCGAUUCCGGCGGGGCAUGGGGAUGCAGAGCAUCAACGACACGGUCCGAGACGACCGCGAUUCAUCUACAGACGAUAUUGUGCGCAAGACGGACAUGGAGCUGGCCGAGUUGGGCCACGGAGUGUACCAGGAGACGACGAUCGAGAUUUCGCACGAGCCUGCGGAACCGGAAGACUUUCAGAAGGGAGGUCGCCACAGCGGGUGAUUGUUGAUGGUGGAGAUUCAGCAAAUCGG